UUAUUUAUCUAUGAAAAGACACCUUUACGUAUUGUAUUGCAACAUCGCAGUAAGCCUGUUUUUUUCUUUUGGUUUCUUAUUUGAGCACGUGGAUAAACUAAAAAAGAUUAUUAAAUCGCAUUUAUUCACAGAAGAUAUAUUAAAACAAAAUGGGUAAGCCAGGAUUUUCACCCGGUGGUCGAGGAGGUCGAGGAGGAUUUGGAGGCGGAAGAGGCGGUGGUGAUCGUGGAGGCAGAGGUCGAGGUGGUUUUGGAGGACGCGGUGGUGGAGGCGGUAGAGGUGGAUUUGGCGGCGGAAGAGGCGGUGGUGAUCGUGGAGGCAGAGGUCGAGGUGGUUUUGGUGGACGCGGUGGUGGAAGAGGAAGAGGUGGUGGUGGCGGCGGUUUCAAAGGUGGAAAAACUGUCGUCAUUGAACCUCAUCGUCACGAAGGUGUUUUUAUUGCCAGAGGAAAGGAAGACGCACUAGUCACUCUCAAUUUAGUUCCCGGUUCAGAAGUUUAUGGCGAAAAAAGAAUAAGUGUCGAGAGUGACAAUGGAGAAAAAGUUGAAUACAGAGUUUGGAAUCCAUUUAGAUCAAAAUUGGCUGCUGCUAUUUUAGGAGGUGUUGAUCAAAUUCACAUGCCACCGGGAAGUAAAGUAUUGUACCUUGGUGCGGCUUCAGGAACAACAGUAUCGCACGUUGCUGAUGUUGUAGGACCAGAAGGAUUAGUAUAUGCAGUGGAAUUUUCUCACAGAUCUGGUAGAGAUUUAAUAAAUGUUGCGAAAAAGAGGACAAAUAUCAUUCCUAUAAUAGAAGAUGCAAGACAUCCACACAAAUACAGAAUGUUGGUGGGCAUGGUAGAUACAGUAUUUGCUGACGUUGCACAACCAGAUCAGGCAAGAAUAGUUGCACUCAAUUCUCAGUACUUCCUUAAAAAUGGAGGACAUUUUGUUAUUUCCAUCAAGGCAAGUUGCAUUGAUUCCACCGCACAACCAGAAGCAGUAUUUGCUGCCGAAGUGAAAAAAUUAAUUAGUGAUAAACUAAAACCACAAGAACAGAUUACACUCGAGCCAUAUGAACGUGAUCACGCUGUUGUCGUUGGCACAUUUAGGCCUCCAGUGAAGAAAGCUGUAUGAAUUAUUUUUUUUUUUCAUAUUAACAGCAAUGUGUAGAUGAUUAAGUUCGUAAAUAUUAAUUACUCUAUAAUUGUCAAUAUAUUUUUCCACAAAAUUAAUCUUCUAAUUGUUAAUUAUUUUUUUUUUUUUUAUCUUACAUUAUUGACUUUUUCUUUAAAUAAAGUAGCAAUAGAACUUUAUAUUUGUACUUUGCGAUAUAAUACAAAAAGUAAAUGAAGAUGUAUAAUGUUA